AUGAGCGCGUGGCGUGUCGCAGUGCCGCCGCUGUCGGUGCGUCUGCUGGGCGCCAACCGGCCGCUGAGCGCGCGGGCGGCGCAUGAGGUGCAGUGCCAGGCCGUGGGCGGGCGGCCGCCGCCGCAUAUCUCCUGGCGCAAGGCCGGCCUCCCGCUCGUCAGCGCCAGGCACGCGCGUUGUACUGAGUGCUUGUAUAAUGCUCCAGAAGUGACUCUGGAUCUCGGCGCCAACCUCAAUGCGUCUUUCAUACGUGAAGGGGAUGACGUGUACUUCGAGUGUAGUGUCCGUGCUCACCCGUGGAUAUAUAAAGUCAUCUGGAAACACCAGGGACGACCGCAAUGCAAGCGCGGGCGUCAUCGAGAGCAACCAGACGUUGGUGCUGCAGUCUUUGUCCUUGUUUCCUGUGCAUCUACCAUGAGGUUGAGCAGAGGUGUUGCGCAGGGGCGGCCGCUGCACAGCAACGCGAGCGCAGGCGUCAUCCUGAGCAACCAGACGCUGGUGCUGCAGUCGGUGCGCAACCAUUCUUCGGGGGACUACACCUGCGUCGCCAGCAACGCGGAGGGCGACGGCGAGAGCGAACCAUUCCACCUAGAUGUAAAGUACGCGCCGGUGUGCCGCCCGCACCAGCAGCGCGUGUACGGCGCGGCGCGCCUGGAGACGCUGCAAGGUUUCCGUGCGAGUGGACGCCAACCCCCCCGCGCUCUUUCCGUGGCAUAUCAAAGCUCCGCCGUGGCGCCGCCGAGUGACGCGCGUGGCUUCGGCGCGCGGGCGCGCCGCUCCCUCGCCGCCAUACACGCGCGACGCCGAGCGCGGAGCUACGGCACCAGCUGCUGGUGCUGGGCCGCAACAGCGCUGGGGCGCCAGGCCGGCAUGCCCUGACUGUU